GGUCGGCCGCCGCAGAAGCCGGAAGAACACUCCUGCGCGCGCUUGCAAAAGUCCCGACAGCUCCGGGGACCGUGGCGCGCACCCGGGGGGCGGGGGAACCGAAACAUAAGCAUGGGGCAUCGUACUCUGGCCUCCAGCCCGGCCCUCUGGGCCUCCAUCCCCUGCCCACGCUCUGAGCUGCGCCUGGACCUGGUUCUGGCUUCUGGACAAUCCUUCCGGUGGAGGGAGCAAAACCCUGCACACUGGAGUGGCGUGCUGGCAGACCAAGUAUGGACGCUGACCCAGACCGAGGAGCAGCUCUACUGCACUGUGUACCGAGGGGACAAGGGCCCGGCUGGCAGGCCCACAGUAGACGAGCUGCAAGCCCUACGCCAGUACUUCCAGCUGGAUAUCCGCCUGGCACAACUGUAUCACCAUUGGGGUUCUGUGGACCCCCAUUUCCAAAAGGUGGCCCAAAACUUCCAAGGUGUUCGUCUCCUACGACAGGACCCCAUCGAGUGCCUUUUCUCCUUUAUCUGCUCCUCCAACAACAACAUCACCCGCAUCACCGGCAUGGUAGAGCGGCUCUGCCAGGCCCUCGGACCUCGGCUCAUCCAGCUCGAUGAGGUCACCUACCAUGGCUUCCCCAGCCUGCAGGCCCUGGCUGGGCCCGAGGUGGAGGCCCACCUCAGGAAGCUAGGCCUGGGGUACCGUGCCCGAUACGUGAGUGCCAGUGCCCGAGCCAUCCUAGAAGAACGGGGUGGGCCAUCCUGGCUGCAGCAGCUACGUGAGGCCUCCUAUGAGGAGGCCCAUAAGGCCCUGUGUGCCCUGCCGGGGGUGGGCACCAAGGUGGCUGACUGCAUCUGCCUGAUGACACUAGACAAGCCCCAGGCUGUGCCCGUGGACGUCCAUGUGUGGCAGAUUGCCCAACGUGACUACGGCUGGCACCCUACCAUGACCCAGGCCAAGAGUCCGAGCCCCCAGGCCAACAAGGAACUGGGAAACUUUUUCCGGAGCCUGUGGGGACCUUAUGCCGGCUGGGCACAAGCGGUGCUGUUCAUUGCGGACCUGCGCCAACCCCACCACACUCGGGAGCCACCAGCAAAGCGCAGAAAGAGGUCCAAAGGGUCGGAAGGCUAGGUGGGGGCACUGGGCAAAGGAUUCCUGCCCCCAAUCCCCCCUUUUCCCCGCCCAGUCUCAUGCUGGGGACUGGGCUCCCUGCAGCUACCUUGGCGGUCAGGCACCACCAAAUCAAGCAGUUUGUACAACAAGGUGGGAUGGGGGGGUAUCCGGAAACAGAACUACCUGUGGUUUUAUCCUCUUCCCUUUAUUACAAGAAGGAACAAUAAAAUAGAAACAUUUGUAUGGAAAA